AUGUACCGCUCUGGCACCGGCACCGGCACCUGCACCCCACACUCUGGUGACAUCGAUGCUAAGAGCCCGAACAUGUCCGGACCAUGGCAUCUAAGGGACGAGAAGUUGAGGGAGCAACUGUGUGACGCGACGGGCUUGACUGAGCAGAAGAUCGAUGGUGUGUUGGCCAUGUUCCUUGAAGACGUGCAGUCGGAGAAGGGCAUGGAGAAAUGGCCCCUCAAGUAUCCCUCUUAUUCCAUCUCCAAGAUGGCGUUGUACGCGUACACGAGGCUCUUGGCCCUUGAAUUGGGCGACAAAACUUGUGUCAACAGCGUGCACCCUGGCUAUGUGAUCACUGACAUGACCUUUGGCACAAGCGACUUCUCUCUGGCUGAAGGGGCUGCGAAUUUGGUGCGCAUUGCUCUUCUGCCUGCCGGCGGCCCUUCCGGCCACAACUUCCUGGAAAGGAAGGAUGCCGACUUUUGA